GUCCUGAAUCUGUUCCUGGCCUUGUUGCUGAGCUCUUUCAGCGGGGAUAAUCUGGCGGCCCCAGAGGAGGAAGGAGAAAACAACUUGCAGAUCUCCAUAAACCGGAUAAACAGGGCUAUGUCCUGGCUGAAGACGUGGGUCUUGGAACAGAUCUGGACUUUAAUGGGAAAGAAGAACCACGUGAGCCCAGACCUCAGUGUGAGGGAUGAAGAGGAGGACCAGCAGACCAAGGACUCCUUGGAUCUGACCUUCAUCAUCUCUGAACCCCUCGGCUGUAACCGUGGCAACCUGACCAGCAACUACCACAGCCUCCCGUUGCUAAGGGUCCCCAUCGCUGAGGCCGAGUCAGACCUGGAGUCGCGGGACAACGACGACGAAGAGGAGGACGAAGAGGAAGACGAAGAGGACGACGAAGAGGACGACAAAGAGGACGGCGAAGAGGGCUCCCAG